CUACCGCCUACCUAUCAUGGUCGUCUCGCGUGCAAAUCAACGUGCGUGUGUCUAGCCCUCUUCUUCCUAAUUUCCGAACGUAUCCGAAAACGGGUCAGAGCUAUUUUCGCGCGAAACGGCCCUCAAAGCCACGAAAGGCUGCCGACAACGAUAGAUAGAUACUUCGUUAGACAGACCGUACCUCAGUAUGCUUAGCAUAUGCUUCCCUCUUCUGCCUCUAUCACCAUCGAUGACAAAGUGGAUUUGUCUAUCGACAAAUCCAGGAACAUCGCGAAGGCGUCCAGUCAAGCGGCCAAAAUGUCGGGAAUAGAAGAUAUGCAGAACGCGUCGGAACAAGAUGAUACUCAGGAUGAUACUCAGGAAGAGACAGCGAAAACAGAGGAAGUCAGCAACGAGAUAACAAGUUUAACAGAAGAAUCUGAUAGUCCAGAAUUAUUGGAAAGAUCGUCUACUAAAGAAUCCGAAAAAGAACAGCGAGAGGAAAUUACAGAAAUAGAACAAGAGGAAAUUACGGAAACAAAACAAGAGGAAGUCAAGGAGGAAAUUAAAGAGGAAGAACAAGCACAAGAAGAAAUUAAGGAGGAAGUAGAAACAGAGGCAUCGAGUAGCGAAGAGUUGCAAAAAGAAGAAACGUCAGACUCAGAACUGGCGGCCGUCACGAGAAGCGCGUCGUCGGACGACGGCGUGCCAAGUCCGGGGGUGAUCACGGGACAGACGGGACCGGACGAGACGAGGGUUGGGAUACCAUCGGCGACCAUCGCCGACGGUAGCAGCGGACAGCAGUAUCGUCGCGUCGGCGGUCCCGGCGUAGCAGUCGGUGAGUGGAAUUCAUUGCCGGUACUGGUAGAACGUCUACGCGAGGCGAUCGAGCUAUCCCUGGUGACGGGUUGCCGACGAGGCAGUGGCGAACUCGCCGAAUCCGAGGGCAGCGGUCCCGAUCGCGUUCGCGCGCGCCGUUCCUUGGAACAGGCGUUGCUCGACGGCCAGGAGGACGAUCCCGAGCCGAAGAAGGACGAGCUCAAGUUCCUGGAGGAUCUGCUGUUGUCGGACAUUCAGACCGCGCUCUCGCGUUUGCGCGAGACUCUAGAACGCACGGACGUUGCGACGCUCGCCAAGCACGGCGGAGUGUCAGAUCCUACGAGCAAACUUCAUCUCCUGAGACUGGUCUCCAGUCUGCUGUCGCGAUUGCAGGUGCCGGAGGAAAAAGAAGAAACGGAUAGCGGUGAGAACGGCAGGACAAUAGGGACGCAGGGUGACUUCAUCAUCGCGUCGCCCGGACGAAAAAGACGUCCUGUCAGGCACACCAUCGGCGUCUCCGCCGAAGAAAUCGCACACGCAAGGAAGCAGCUGGAAGAGAGCAGCGCCGACCUGGUGAGGCUGAACGACCAGGUAUCGGCUCGACGAUGGGAACCGUUGCUGCCCGCGUCGCGUAACGCGACGAGUAACGAUAGACAUGUGGAAGAGAUCCACGACAAGUACACGAAGGACGUGAUCAAUCAGCGUCAGUCGUUGCGUGAUAAGAACAAGGAUUCUCGCGAAGAUACCAGUGCCUAUCGCUCGUUAAUUCCGUCGCAGAUCGCUUACGCGGAUCGACCGGACACCGUGAAUGGUGAUAGGCAUCAGCCCCAACGUCGGGGCAGCGUAGAUAGUUAUCAAGAAAAAGACAGUGACGACGAGGAAACUGCAAUCAGGAAGGCGAACGAAGAGCAGAGUCGAGUAACGAAACUCGCGGCGGCACUUCGGCAACGCGCGGAAUUGAUCAGCGCGAGUAAGUGCAAUAAUAAUAACAAAUUUACGACGAAGAAAUCGAAAAUCAAGCGCGCCAACACCGUCGACAUACCAAGCUAUCUGAAGCUGCAGACUGAGAACCUCGACAAGCCCGGCUGCGUUUUCUUACGACGUCCCAUCAACGUAGGCGACAAGAUCACCGCGAACGCGCCCAAUCUUGCCGUGCCGUCGUUCCACCCCAAAACGGAGAACGAUAAAAAGUUCCUCGCGCUGAUCAACCGGAACAACGAGCCGCAGACGUACAACGCUGCGCCCGGCUUCCUCAAGUCCUUCGGGUACACCAAAGCGACAGAUAUGGCGUCGUUGACGAACGAGAACUGGAACAGCCGGUUCUCGAACAUCAAGACUGCUUUCGAUAAACCGUCUGCCAUAAACGAGGCGGAAAAUAAACUGUCCCCUAAACCGCAACUCGCGAAACGCUUCCCGAUUCCUUCCCAAACGACGAGCAAGAAGGCACCGAUCAGCGACAAAGCGAGCAACGGUUUCCCGUUUGCAAACGCGUCGAAGCUGGACGCGGGCUUCAAACACGCGCCCUCGUCGCUAUUUCGGAAAAUCGAGAAGACGCAGAGGCCAAAGUCUCCGCCCAGCUAUCACUAUCAGAGGAAUAAUGCGCCACCUGGGAAUACCUUACGCGAAAAAGCCAGGAUUAUGUUCGAUCGGAACAAUGACGUUCGUCAGUCGCAGCAUCCAGCGAGGUUCAACUCGAAUGAAGACUCUCAGAAACCUUCCUUCCCGCGACCACCAUGGCUCGAGCAGGACAGGCACAUCGAGAACAAGUCAAACAACAUGGUUACCGAGAAUGGACGGAUCGAUUAUCGACUAUUCUGCAAGCAGUUUGCGCCAUUCGUCGGUAAGAACAUCGGAAAUCCGGAAUCUAAGAAAUCAAUGAACAAUGAAGAACCCCUUUACAAGCGUAAUGAACAUGUCGCACCGUCGAAGGAGAAAGGUACAGUGAACGGCAAACUUUCCUUUAGGGUGUUUCCUGAGGGAGAUUCGCAGUAUCGUCCGAACGAGCCUCGCAUCGAGGAACAAACAGAUCGAAACAAGUUCGACCACUGUAGCGAGAAGGAUACUUUCGAACCAAUCGCGAUGAGCAAUAAAGACUCGUCCGGAAGUGCAUUUGCUGGAAAUGCGCCGGUUGAUACAACGCUAAGGGGUAGUUCGUCUGUAGCUAUCCAAACAGGCGUUCACGAUCGUCAUCCAGAAGAGGCGCACGUGUUUCGGAUGAUCCCUAGAAUCUCAAUGGGUCCACCGUCCACGUACAACAACGUGUCCGUCCAGACUUACAACGAGCCGGAAGUGGAAUCCAAGGAACAGUGGACAACGCCUCGACACGAUGACGCGACAUUGGAUUCAAAUUAUUGUCCCGCUGAGGAUCCGAAGCAUUUUGUCCUGGACCACAAUCGAAAUUAUCAUAUCGUAACAACCGACGACGCUCCGAGAGAUGAAACUGUGCCGUUUACAAACGAGAACGCGUGCAAUCUUGAGGAAGACGCCAUUCGUGAGCCAAACUCGAUGGAGAACCUUCCCCUUCCGGAGAUUUCUCUUGGCUAUCAAUCGCCAGAACAACGCGAGCGAAUCUGUCGCGCGAAUCCACAGCAGGAAGAUUAUUUCUCGCCUAAACCAGAGAUCGAUAAUCGAUCGCAGAUACAUCAGAAUUAUUCUCCGAAUUAUCUUAAAUCUCAGGAUCCGUUCCAAGAGAAUCAGAAUCAAUCAAACGUGACGUGCGGAAUCCUCGAGGAAGAUUCUUCGUAUAAUGGCAGCGUUUUGCCGGAGGAACAGAAUAUCCAAAAUCAGGACAUCAGCGUAGACACUGGCGUUGUCACGCGAUAUACCUGCGCGAUCGCGACCGUCGCAUCCACGGAUACUCCAGAGCGGAUAUCCGAACCGGAACUUGGCACGUCGCCCUUGCAACUCUGGUCGCAUCCGACCAGCAACGAGAGCGUCACGACCGAGGAUGAGAUACGCCGACAUAACAUGCUGCAACAAAGCCUGGUCCGUCGACUACAAAACGAGCGCGUGACGUUAAACGAUUAUCACGCAUCCAUCGCUAAUCAGCCCGGAAACUUCAAUCAACCCGACGACUUUAAUCCGCUUCUGAACAGUUUUAAUCAACCUCCGAAAUGUCUUCCGCCCGAAGUGCCGAAAAGAUUGGAACAGCCGAGAAGAUUGGACCUGCCGAGAAGAAUGGAAUCGCCGAAAAGAUUGGAACCACCGAAACGAUUGGAGCCACCGAAACGAUUGGAACCGCCGAAAAGAUUGGAAUCGCCGAAGAAGCCGGAAUUACCGAAAAAACCGGAACUACAGAAGAGGUCGGAACCACCGAAGAAAUAUCCACCGGUUGUCACCGGUGGUUUAUUGCCGGUGGUGCCGUCGUCCUCGGCGCUCGGAGCGACGAAUCGAGUCACCGCUCUCAGAGGACAAUAUGAGCUAUCGAAACCGGAGAUAGAGCGAAAGGAACGCUCACCGAUUUCGAACGGCGUGAUGGACCCGAGUGACGAGUACUUGGUGUCCUGCGCCAAUAAACCGUCUAGAUCCAUCGUCCUGUCCAAGUCCGAAUCGUGGCAUCAGCUGGCACUUUCCAAAGGCCAUCAUACCUCAUUGCGUCCGUCGCAAAUCGACAAUUCACCGCAAUCUCUUAAUCGAGGCGCGUCUUACCUCCCGAAACCGCCGACGAAACCAAAGUCGCCGUCGUCCUUCAAGAUGAAGAAGCAGUACGAGGCGUCCUCGUCCUCGAUCAACGUGAAGAGAAUGGAGGACAAGAUUCGCAGGUACUUCGACAAUCCGUCUACGAACGACAGCGCCGCGGAGAUGAGAGACUCGAAGAAUAGACGGUUCUCUUCGCGCGACAUGUCGACGGCGAAGGGUCCGAUCGCUCUGUCCAGGAGUCGCACCAUGCCAGGAAUAUCCGAGGGGAGUCUGCGCCUGCUGAUUCCGGCGCCACAGAUUCCCAUGAUGAAUCUCAACAGCGCCGAAGUGGACAAGGUGUUCGAUGACAUCUUCGAGGAGGCUACCAAAAACGACGAUCAUCGCUUCUGAUCGGUCAUCUUUUUUCGUCCGUGUCGUAAACCUUUCGCGUUUCGUGAGAGACUGAUUGCGACGAAAGUGACGUCCGUCCGGGACUUUAAAAAGGUGCAAAUUUGACUGCGCUGGACAUAGAUGAUACUACGUACGAUCGCCGUUAAUCUCGCUCAUUAUACAACGACGUGGAUCGCUAAACACUGUGAUUUUAUCGAAUUGAUUACUGUAAUUUUAGACGACGUAUUGUCGCUUGUCAGUUAAUUCUAUUCAACUGUUUAUAUUAGAAAUUUAUAUUGUCAUUCAUUGCUCGUUUUCUUCUGAAAGCGAAGUCUGUUUUCAUAAAUGUUAAGAGAUUUAAAAUUAAUGAUGAUUUAACUAGAGAUUUCUGUUUCCUUUCGUGAGUUUUCUUCGAUCAAAUUAUUUAAUGAGAGUAAAGUAUUUAUUUCUAAAAAUAAAUUCAGUAUCAUCUGAAUGCAUUUUAUGUAAAAUGCCACAUGUUUGAUUAGAAUUCAUAAUUAAAUCGUUUUCGAUAGUUAAUUGUAGAAAAAGAAGAUGAUUGGAGAAAAAGAAAAAGAAGCUGAAGGAGCACAGUUAUGUUAAUGCGCGACUAUAUGAGCUUAAUGAGACCGAGAUCUACGGUCUAAUUGGCUGUACAUAAUUCUCUAUUUUCGCGGAAAUCACUCUACAUCUGACAUUUGAAACCGAAGCUCUCUCUUCGAACGAUCUUACAAUAUCACGAGAUGAUGGAAGGAUCUAACACAGAUUAGAAGCCGCCUUUUUCGAAGAAUAGAAAUGUGUUUCGUGAUGCAAAGCUACGUAGCAAGUUAUCCACGAAGAAGAAGCAUAUUUCGUGCGGAAUCGAUGCUCAUAAAAACAUGGUCUUCGUCCAUUACGAGAGACGGUAGUGCAGAUCGAUGCAACGACCAUCAUCAUACGCCGAUAUCCCGUCAUCUCCUUCGUUUUUCUCGACCAGAUCGUCUGACACGUAUGAAAAGAUCAGCGCGUCAAGUACGAAGCUGUUGUACAAUCUUCUUUCAACUAGCGAAAAAUAAAGAGAGAGAUAAAGAGA